CGUGCUUCAGCACCAUCACAUGACUGAGCAAAAGCUGCACAGCACCAUCGUGUCAGCUGACUGCAGCAGUUUCUCCUACAAAUCAGAUCACUCAACAACACGUUCAACACAUCGAUAAUCCUCCUCCGAUGCGUUAACAGGUCCUGACGGCUCGCCAACAUGAGAAUCGCCUGUCUGCUGCUAGCUGCUGCCUUUUUCUGGACGUCCGACGCGAUUGUACGGAUUCCUCUACAGAAGUUUCGCUCCAUCAGACGGACACUGAGUGACUCCGGCAGAGCUGUAGAGGAGCUUGUGGCCAGUUCUGCAUCCUUGAAAUACAACCUGGGCUUCCCAGCAAGUAAUGGUCCUACUCCAGAAACCCUGAAGAACUACCUUGAUGUGAGUACUGGUUGUAAAUGUCAUUUCCUGUACCCUGUAGUGCUUCAUCACAAGUACAAUGGGGGCAAGUCAAGCACCUAUGUGAAGAACGGGACUGAAUUUUCCAUACAGUAUGGUUCCGGAAGCUUGUCUGGUUAUCUCAGCCAGGACACAUGCACGAUUGGGGAUAUUGUGGUUGAGAAGCAGAUAUUUGGAGAAGCUAUCAAACAGCCAGGGGUGGCCUUCAUCGCAGCCAAGUUUGAUGGUAUUCUCGGCAUGGCUUAUCCUCGCAUCUCCGUGGAUGGGGUUCCUCCUGUUUUUGACAUGAUGAUGAGCCAGAAGAAAGUGGAGAAAAAUAUUUUCUCUUUCUAUUUGAACAGAAACCCUGACACUCAACCUGGUGGUGAGUUGCUCCUUGGAGGCACAGACCCUAAAUAUUACACUGGAGACUUUAACUACGUGGCCAUCAGCAGACAGGCCUAUUGGCAGAUUCACAUGGAUGGCAUGAGCAUCGGCAGUGAGUUGACUCUGUGUAAAGGAGGAUGUGAAGCCAUCGUGGACACUGGAACGUCUCUGAUCACCGGCCCAGCUGCUGAAAUCAAAGCCCUGCAGAAGGCUAUUGGUGCAAUCCCUCUGAUCCAGGGAGAGCCAGUAUUGGGAAAGCAAAACACUGAAGGGAUUUUUGCUAAUCACAACAACAUUCUAAAGACGUAUCUCUCUCUGUUUGUUUGUAUGUGUUUACAGGAAAGCCAGGGAGGAAAGGAGAUCUGUCUGAGUGGAUUCAUGGGCCUGGAUAUCCCACCCCCGGCUGGACCCCUGUGGAUUCUGGGUGAUGUGUUCAUUGGGCAGUACUACACUGUGUUUGAUCGGGAGAACAACCGAGUGGGCUUUGCUAAGUCAGUAUAAGCCCAACCGUAGACCUUAACACUUUUAAGAUGUGUCAUGAGAGUAAUAAGAAAUCUAGGAACAUCAUCUCUACUUAAAUGGCAUGAUAGUGGUAUGAUUGUUGUUUGCACUGCUUUUAGCUUUCAAAUGUUUUCAUUUUAAAGGGGCAUGUGGAGAUGAAAUGAUUCAGGGAAAAGUCAAAAAGAUGACAAGUUACACAUUUGCUUUUUAGCAGAGGCUUAUUUGAAUGUGAUUGUAACACAAGGUUUUAAUGUUUAUUUUAUAAUUAUGUCAUUGAUUUGAGACACUACGUGUUUUAAGAUUUAUAUUGUUGAAAAUGACCUUCCAAUGACUCAACAAAUCAGAAUUGGACAAUAUGGACAAUAAAGGUUUUAAAUCCA